UGUUACUAAGGAGGCAAAGUGAGGUGAACUCUUGAAGCACUCCCCUUGUAGCGAUAAUUUAGAAAAUAUACCUACAUACAUAUAUAUUCUAUACAUUGUUUUUAAACUUACAUUUCCUGGUACAAAACACACGCACACCUACACUAAAAUAUUUAAACAUACAUAUGUAUAUUUAUUAGCACAACAGCAUCCUAGAUGUUUCAUCCGUUGGACAUUAGUUUUGUGUUUUGCGUUCAAAGGUUAUCAGCGCUCUCGUGCUCGAGCGUUUUCUUUUUCGCUUCACUUGCGUUAGAUAACUGCCUUUCGAGUAGCAGCUUCGCUUUGGCAGAUUCUACGACACACGGCGCUUACUACUCGCGCCAUUCGCGUACGGUUUGUCACACUAAUCGGCCGUUUCGUGAUUAUUGUAGUCAGCAACACUCAACUUUGUUGUCUUGCCAUUUUGCUCACUAUCGUAAAUAAUAUUGUUUGUGUACAAAAAGCCAAAAAUCUAAAAUAAUAAAAUUAAUAAAUGCACAAAAGUAGAAAAGUAGAAAAACGCUUUGAAACGCCAGAAAAACGCGCGGUAACUUAAGUACUUACCACCCCAAGUGCCGUUAAACUGAUUCUAGUAAACAAAAUACAGCGCGUUCGACUUGUUAUCAGUGAUAUUUUUCACUUUUCAAGAGAAAAAAAGUGGCAGAAACUAGAAAAUAAAAGUUCAUCGCGAUUUUUCGACUUUUCUUCGAGUGCGCGCCGUCUUUUCGACAACAGUUUGUGUCGCAGAAAAGCGCAAGUGAAAAGUGCGGCCUCAAUUCCUUAAGUCUUUUCGCAUAACUAAACUUUCUAAGUGAAACCGCGCCAGUGUCAUGUUGAGACGUAGCGCCACACGCGUCACGUGCCAAUUGAAGCAUUCGCGCUGCCGUUACAGCAGCGGCGCCAGCAACGCCGAGGGCGAUGCGAAAGCGCGUCUAGGCAUAAUUGGUGUGCCCUUUUCGAAAGGUCAGGGUAAGGGCGGUGUGGAGAAAGCGCCUGCGUUGCUGCGCGAGCAUGGGCUAGUGCCGUUGCUCGAACAAGUGUCCUACGGCCAACUAGAGGUGCACGACUAUGGCGAUCUGCAAUUCGAUGUGGACCCCAUACCAACGGAGGCGCCGGAAUAUAGUAAAAUUAAAAAUUAUGGCGAAUUUAUGGGCUGCAACAAGGCGCUGAUCCGCAAAGUGCAGCAGCUGUUGCAGGAGAACGAUCAGUUCCUGACGAUCGGUGGCGAUCAUGCAAUUGGUUUUGGCUCCGUUGCCGGACAUUUGCAACACACGUCCAAUCUCUCGCUGGUUUGGGUGGACGCCCACGCCGAUAUCAACCUGCAUAACACUUCGGAAUCUGGUAAUAUACACGGCAUGCCCGUCUCCUUUCUGCUCAAGGAAUUACGUGUCUUCUGGCAGCAUGCGAAACUCGAACAAACGGCCCCGGUUUGUUUGGCCGCUGAUCAGCUCGUUUACAUUGGUUUGAGGGACAUUGACCCGUACGAGGCGUAUAUCCUGAAUAAAUUGGGCAUACGAGCGUUCGCAAUGGAUUCUGUGGACAAGUACGGCAUCUCUAAAAUCAUCGAGCGUACGCUGGACUCACUGAAGCCACAAAAUAAGAUACAUGUCAGUUUCGAUAUUGACGCCUUGGACAAAGCCGUAGCGCCCAGUACUGGUACAGCUGUUUGUGCCGGCCUAACAUUACGCGAGGGCAUAUCGGUUGUAGAGGCGCUACGUGACACGAAUCGCGUGCAAGGCAUUGAUUUGGUGGAAUUAAAUCCAAGCUUAGGCAAUGAGCAAGAUGUCAACACCACAAUUGCAUCGAGUUUGGAAAUAUUGAAAAGCAUAUGCGGUUACAAGCGCAGCGGCAAUUUCGCCAACAUAAAGACGGAUCUAUUCGAGACGCUGAAAAAUUAAUAUACUCACAUAUGGACGAGUACGUUUUAACUAAUUUUUUACUAAGUACAUGCACAGUAUAUACAUAUAUGUAUUAAUACAUACAUACAUACGUGCAUACGUUAUAUACUUAAGCAAUAGGUGGAAAUUCAAGUGUCUUAUGACAUGUACAUACAUAGACUUAUAUAAUGAUGAGUUGUUGGUUUUAAAUUGUAUAUUUAUUAGCUGUGAGCCACAUUGUAAUGCCAAAUAAAAAAUAGUAGCUUAUUCUUACAAAGAACA